AUGACCACUCCACCAUCAUCACUUCCAUCUCCAACACCGUCCUCCGGGUCCUCACAUCAACCCAACAAGCCCCAGACCUUUUCAUCCAUCGCCGCCCACAACCCGCGCUCUUCGUCCUCGGCUACCUUUAGCACGUCUCCGUCUGGUCCCAGCCGCCUGGGCGCCCCCGGCGAUCGUAUGCCGCCCCGCUGCGACGCGUCAUCCAACGACUCUGGUGAAGACACCCAACAGACCCCACAGUCUCAGCCAUCCGGAUACCAGAACACGUCGUCACACUUUCUUCCACCAGUCACGACGUCGCCUCCACCCCACGCUCCACCUUACGUUCCCCCUGCUCAACACGCCAUGGCACCCGACCCGAUCCAUUCGUUAUCCCUCUCUGGCCAGUCGGGCAACGUGUGGGGACCUGGCUGGCGCCCCGGUCCACCAGGGGCCCCUCCCGGUGGCCCCAACUAUGGACCAGCAUACGGGCGCGGUGCGCCCAAUGGCCAUAUCACCCACCAAUUACCGCCCAACCCAAUGGAGGCGUAUGGCCCAAGUUCCCGUCAGUCGAUGACUUCAACGCCGGGCGUUGGACCUUUGAGUGGUAUCAACGGUGCUCUCCCAGGGCGCUCUGGGUCGCAGCCGGGCGAGCCACGUGAUCGUCGCCGUGAGCGUCAUCGUGACGAGGAGAGCCGGGACCGCGAUGAGGAGGAGGCUAUCAGCACCAUCUUCGUCGUUGGCUUCCCCGACGACAUGAGCGAGCGCGAGUUCCAGAACAUCUUCACCUUUGCCCCAGGUUUCGAAGCCGCCACUUUGAAGUUCCCGUCUGGUUCUAGACGGGAGCCUGCGUCGGCCGUUGCCCUCCUCGCUGAGCUGCAACACAUUGCCUCCCAACAGAACAUGGGCCCGCAAAUGGGCAACCAGGAUCACCAGGAGCAGUCGCUGGAGGAGACAUUUGCUGCCUUGAACUUUGGUGGCACUCAAUCGUCAACUGCGUCCAACACGCCGUCGGCAGCGAUGUCGCUCACUCCUUCAGCCCCCACAGGAGCGGCACUUGCACCGUCGUCGUCCAUGCCACAGCAGGUGGCCCCGCGACGCCAAACCAUUGGCUUUGCAAAGUUCAAGACCCGCGGUGAUGCACUGGCCGCGCGUGAUCACCUCCAGGGAAGACGCAUCGACACGAUCACGGGUGCCACGCUCAAGGCGGAAAUGGCCAAGAAGAAUUUACACACGAAGCGCGGUGCGGGUGACAAUGACUUGGUCGGGCUUCUGUUACGCUCUGGCCGACUCACCCAGCUCGUAUCUCAACAGCAGCAGGCCCAGGCCCAGGCGCUCUCUGCGGCAAACGCUGCCGGGCUUGUGCAGCCCAGCGCCGGCCCCAACAUGGCCCUCGCCGGACAGAACCCUGGAGCGAUCCAGUCGGCAAAGGAGGCUUGGGACGCGUGGCCCGCUCCUGGCCAGACUGCUGGCGAGAACAAGGUAGACAAGCUCACCACUACCCAGCAGGGUGGGGCGUCGUCGCAUUCUAACACGUCUGGCUCUCCACCUCUUUCUGGCAAGUCGCCCAACUCGCGGCCCACCGACAGCAAGGCGCUUUUGGCGCUGGCUGAGGAGGCGGACGAGCUCGAGGGGUGGUCGGUCGGUUCUGUCGGCAUGGGCGGCAUGGCGCUUGAAGGGUACCCGAACACGGCAUCCGCUUCUGGUCGCUCUGGCCCGCUUACGGCUGGACCUAUUCAUGGUGCCCAGUCCGGUAUGAGCGGAGCGGGAGGCUAUGGUGCGUACGGCCAGCACGGGUCGUACUCGUCAGCGCUGGGUUUUGGCGGGGCCAACGACAACAUCGACCCUCGCAGCUUGGGCAUCACGGCCAACAUGAACCCAGCCGACCAGAACCCGCCCAUUAACACCCUGUACAUUGGCAACUUGCCCGCCAUUUCGCCUCCCACGCACCCCCCAAACUUCCUGGAGGAGUCGCUCCGCAACCUUUUCUCGCGUCGCCCUGGCUUCAAGCGUAUGUCGUUCCGCCAGAAGAUCAACGGGCCUAUGUGUUUCGUGGAAUUCGAGGACAUCCCUUUCGCGACGCAGGCGAUGCGCGACCUCUACGGCAACACGCUUAACGGCCUGGUCAAGGGAGGCAUCCGUUUGUCAUACUCGAAGAACUCGUUGGGUCAGCGUGGCAAUUCGCACCAGCAAGCCAUGGGCAACUCGAUGUUUGGCGGCAUCGCACACGGCGUCGCCGUCGCUGGCAUGUCAAACGCUCCGUCCGGCAACCAGAUGGCUCCCGGCCCUCCCGGUCCUGGCUCGUACUCGAUGGCUGCCUCGCAGCCUGUCCCCAUCGGGCCGCCUGGCGGCCAAGCCGGCGACCGCCGUGCCGCCGAGGGCCCGUCUUCCCUGUCCCCUACAGCGCAGCCGUUCAACGCGCCGCUGGCCCCUUCACCAGGAUCGCAGCGCUUUUACGACAGUGGGCCUCUUGACCGCCAGAACAGCAGCGGGUCUGCCAGUGGCUCGACGGCCUCGCAGGCGACCGCCAUUCCCGGCGCCGGCGGCAAGACUGAGGCAGCGUUCAACUCGUUCGGGCCCUCGUCUGUUGGUGGCGGGUUCUCGCCCGUCUCGUCACCGAUUCGCACUCCCGCAUCAUUAGGCUGGGUAUCGUCGUCUGCCGCCCCAGGCAGCUCUGGCAACACGUACGGCGGGUUUGACACCUUCGGCAUGCAGCACCACGGCCUACCGUCGCUCAACGGCGCUGCCAACGCGUGGGGCCAGUCCAACGCGAACCAGUCCUAA